AUGGCACCACCAAAUACACAAAAACGUACAAAAGGUGUCUCAAUCUAUAGACCCUUUGUAUAUGGUACCACAUCUCACAAAUUCAGUGCGAAAUAUCCAAAACCACAGGGAACGCCAGAGGAACAUACACAUCAAUGGACGGUAUUUGUAAAGGGAGUUGAUGACGUGGAUAUUACAUAUUGGUGUCGAAAGGUACAAUUUAAACUGCACGAUACUUACCCGCAGCAUCUCAGAUCAGUCGAAAAUGUCAAACCUGGCGAUCCAUUCCAAGUAACGGAGACCGGUUGGGGUGGUUUUGAUAUUCAAAUAAAAAUCUAUUACGAUCCCAUCGCCAACGAAAAAGCCCAAAGUUUCUGGCAUCGACUGGUACUCGAACCUUAUGGCGAUGAUCAACUACAAUUUAUACAAAAUCGAGAUAAUGAGGUUCGGUCUUGGGUAUAUGAUGAGAUGGUUUUUAAUGAACCUUAUGAACAAUUCUACGAGGUUUUGACAAAUCCCGUACCGAGGGAGAAGAAUAAUGGGGGAAAGGGGAAGGCGACAAGGACGAUGAGAGGAGGGAUGGUAGGAAGUGUGGGGGAGAGAACUGUUUUUAUACCGAUGACGCAGAGACCGGGGCAACCAUUUAGUAAGGAUGGGGAGAGGGCAGAGGUUAAGAAGUUAGUGGAAGGGAAGAAAACGGUGGAUAGGCAGAAUGAGGAGUUGAGGAAAGAACUAAGGGAGAAGGAGGAAGAAGUAAAAAGAUUAAAGGCAGAGUUGGAAAAGUUAUGA